UUGGAGAAAUAACUAGAUAAACAAAUCGCAUUUUUUAGGUUUGAACAGCUCCAAUUUGUAAAUAGUGUAACAUAUUUUUAACUAACGCACAGUUUCGAUAAGUUUUUUUAAGUUUUCCUCAUCAUGAUAGAGUUAUUCUUAAAACGGACGAUAUUGUCAUCGAAUGUUUGCAGUCGUGUCCGAAAUUACGCAACAAAAUUAUCAUCUGGUGAUUUCGUAAAGAUAGUCGAAGUUGGGCCACGAGAUGGACUGCAAAAUGAGAAGAAGGUCGUACCUACCGAGAUCAAAGUCAACUUCAUCAACAUGUUGUCGGCGACUGGAUUGAGGAGCAUUGAAGUUACAAGCUUCGUCUCACCGAAGUGGGUGCCUCAGAUGGCUGAUAACUCACAAGUCUUCCAGCAAAUUGACAAAAGAGAUGAUGUGUCCUAUCCAGUUCUAGUACCAAAUUUGAAGGGUCUGGAGAGUGCCAUAGCAGCAGGAGUAAAGGAGAUUGCUGUGUUUGGUGCAGCGUCGGAGGCCUUUUCUAAAGCAAACACUAACUGCUCCAUUGAAGAGAGUGUAAAAAAUUUCAGGGCAGUUGUGGAGGAGGCACAGAAGCAUAGCAUCAGGACCCGGGGUUAUGUGUCUUGCAUCGUUGGGUGUCCGUACGAGGGCGAAACCAAACCGGCCACUACAGCGCAUCUAGCUUCGAUAAUGCUGGAUUUAGGAUGCUACGAGAUUUCUCUAGGCGAUACUAUAGGCGUGGGGUCGCCGAAGAAGAUCAGAUCCGUCUUAAACGAAUUACGCCACGUUUCAUCAAACGACAUGAGUUACUAUGCGCUGCAUUGUCAUGACACAUAUGGCCAGGCAUUAGUAAAUAUACAUGCAGGUCUUGAAGAUGGUAUAAAAGUUUUCGAUUCUUCGGUAGCAGGACUCGGCGGGUGUCCGUAUGCCGCUGGUGCGUCGGGAAAUGUUGCCACGGAAGAUUUACUGUAUUUCCUGCAGGGACAAGGAUUAGAAACUGACAUAGAUUUAGAUAAAAUAGUAGAGAUUGGCAACUACAUCAGUAAACAGUUAGGCAGAGCAAAUCAUUCAAAGACUGGAGUGGCUAUACUUGCCAAGAAGAGUCGUCAAAAAUGUUAAUCGAUAUUUAUACUUAUAGACGUUUAAUUUUAACAUGUUUUAUCUUUUGUCUCUGUGUCUUCAAUACUUAAAAAUAUUUUUAUUUUAAAUGGUAUUUGGAUUUAAAACAUUAAAACGUUUUAAGUUGAAAUCUUUUUAACAACUUUAAACGUGUUUAUCAUCUAAAUACCAUUUAAAAAUAAAACAUUUUUAAGUAAAAUUUUGAAAAACGGAAACAAGAAAUAAAAUAUUUUAAUAUCUUAAAAUGAUACACUUCUAUGAGUAUAUAUAAGAAUGCUUUUCAGCAUAUAUGGAUAUCACUGUCAAUUAGAAAAACUUUAGAUUUUGGAGGGAAGAAAAUACACUAUUAAAUUUAAUAGUUUAUACAGUACUUAUUUGUAUUUUUUACUGGAAAACUAACCCAAGCUUAAGACGAAACCAAAGCAUUUUGCAUUCCAAAUGAUGGUUACUAAACGUAUUGUAUAUAUGUAUAUACAUGUGUAUAUUGUGCCUGUUUGUCGUUAUCAGCUAGGCUUUAGUAUAACUGGUCGUAAAAAUAGAAUGCAACAAUAUAUUUAUAUCUAUUGAUAUAUUUUUAUAUAUUUGUAUAAACAAGAUUUUAUAUCAAUAUAAUAUUGUACGUUGGAUUCUGAAAAAUAAUAUAAAUGAUACAGAUCA